GUGUAGCGCAGAGCCGCUCGGAAGCCGUCGUGCCGCCUCGGGCCAAUUCGGACCGACUCGGCCCCGCACUUCGGGCCGCUUCGGCCCUCCUCGGUUCCGGACUCUUGGCCGUCGGCAGGGCUCGACUAGGCCGCUUCGUGCCGGUUCGGCCCCUGUUCGGGCGGCCUCGGCUCGGCGGGGCGGGCGGCUUCGGGCAGGCUCGGCUCGGCUCGGCUCGGCUGGCAGCUUCGGGCGGCCUCGGCUCGCCUCGGCUCGGCUCGGGCGGCCCUGUUCCCGCGGCGCGCUUCGGGCUCCGUCCCGGCCUUCGGGCGGCCCCGGCCGGCGCCUUCGGGCGGGCUCGGCGGAGUCCGGAUGGAGGACUCGGACUCGGCCGCCAAGCAGCUGGGCCUGGCCGAGGCGGCGGCGGUGGCGGCCGCGGCCGCUGUGGCGGCGGCGGCCGCGGCCGCGGCGGGAGGCGAGGCGGAGGAGCCGGUGCUCAGCAGGGACGAGGACUCGGAGGAGGACGGGGACUCGGAGGCAGAGCGCGAGACACGGCGGGUGACGGCCGUGGCGGUGAUGGCCGCCGAGCCCGGGCACAUGGACAUAGGCGCCGAGGCCCUACCGGGCCCCGACGAGGCCGCCGCGGCCGCAGCCUUUGCAGAGGUGACCACGGUGACCGUGGCCAAUGUGGGCGCCUCCGCAGACAACGUCUUCACCACGUCCGUGGCGAAUGCCGCCUCCCUCUCGGGACACGUUCUGUCUGGCAGGACGGCGCUGCAGAUCGGGGACAGCCUGAACACUGAGAAGGCCACGCUGAUUGUCGUGCACACGGACGGGAGCAUCGUGGAGACGGCCGGGCUGAAGGGGCCAGCUGCUCCGCUUACUCCAGGCCCUCAGUGCCCUCCAAGCCCUGCUGCUCCCGGCCAAGAAAGAGGCGGAACCAAAUACAACUGGGACCCCUCGGUGUACGACAGCGAGCUGCCCGUGCGCUGCCGGAACAUCAGCGGCACGCUGUUCAAGAGCCGGCUGGGCUCAGGAGGCCGGGGCCGAUGCAUUAAGCAGGGGGAGAACUGGUACAGUCCAACUGAGUUUGAAGCCAUGGCAGGAAGAGCCAGCAGUAAAGACUGGAAGAGAAGCAUUCGCUACGCGGGCAGGCCGUUGCAGUGCCUCAUUCAGGACGGGAUCCUAAACCCUCACGCUGCAUCUUGCACCUGUGCCGCAUGCUGUGACGACAUGACCUUGAGCGGUCCCGUCAGGCUCUUUGUCCCCUACAAAAGGCGCAAGAAGGAGAACGAGCUGCCCACAACCCCCGUGAAGAAGGAGCCCCCCAAGAACAUCACGCUGCUUCCCGCCACAGCUGCCACCGCCUUCACCGUGACCCCCUCAGGACAGAUCACUACCUCGGGCGCGCUGACCUUUGACCGGGCAUCCACCGUGGAGGCUACCGCUGUCAUUUCAGAGAGCCCGGCCCAGGGCGAUGUCUUCGCAGGAGCCACGGUACAAGAGGCGGGUGUGCAGCCCCCGUGCAGAGUCGGCCACCCGGAGCCCCACUACCCAGGCUACCAGGACAGCUGUCAGAUCGCACCGUUUCCAGAGGCCGCGCUGCCAACAUCUCAUCCCAAAAUAGUGUUGACCUCUCUGCCGGCCUUGGCAGUUCCACCCUCCACCCCCACCAAAGCUGUGUCGCCCACAGUGGUCAACGGGCUGGAAAUGUCAGAACAGCGGAGCUGGCUGUACCUGGAAGAGAUGGUCAACUCCUUGCUCAGUACAGCACAGCAGCUGAAGACGCUGUUCGAGCAAGCCAAGCAGGCCAGCUCCUACCGAGAAGCCGCCGCGGCCCAGGCCAGAGCCCAGGCGGAGACAGAGCGGAAAGAGCAGUCCUGUGUCAACUGUGGCCGGGAGGCCCUGAGCGAGUGCACCGGCUGCCACAAAGUGAACUACUGCUCGACCUUCUGCCAGCGCAAGAACCGUCCAUCACCCCAGAAAGACGCCUUGGGCCCCAUGAAUCUCCUUGCCUUCUGUGGGCAGCUCAGUACCUGGAGUCCUGUGCUGUGUGGUCUCGGCAUCUGGCUUCUCGGCUCCGUGUUUCCCCAGCUCAUUCGUUGCAAGGACUGGAAGGACCACCAGCACCUGUGCGGUCAGUCGGCAGCUGUCACCGUCCAGGCGGACGAAGUCCACGUCACUGACAGUGUGAUGGAGAAAGUCACCGUGUGAGGGUCCCUGGGUCCUCCCUCCAUGGUGCCGUGGGGCUGCCGCGGGUCAGGGACUUUGGGGGACAUUGAGGAGAGGGUGAAAACACUUGCUGGUCAAGUUGUUAAUAGACUUUAAGUGACCUGCGCCCUUGGAAAUGAGCUCCUGCCACCCAGAAGCCCUGAGGGAGGUCGAGGCAGCGGCUGGUGGACGCAGGCCCCAGGCCCUUAGCGCCUUCUCACGGUGCUCUUUUUUAUCCCCUGGCUCGUAAGCAUCCGGUCUUACCCACGGGUGUGACGUGUGCGGUAACACACGUGUACAUAACAUGUGUCUGUCAAUAAAGUUGACUUCCCUGCCCCACCGGGACGGGUGACUCCA